UCCCUUGCAUGGCUCGAUGAUAGCUCUUUAUCUGAUACUACUAUUGCUGGUUCUUAUCUUGACUGAACAGAGUUUCAACUAUAAUCCGGGACUUAGUUCUUAUCAGCCAACUCCCAACAUACCCGCCCCUCAUAUCGUACAUAUAGGACUGAUUGUCGAAAGAAAAGAGCGAGAAGAUUUGUACCCAGAUGUUGCAAAUUUGGCCAAAGAACACAUCAGAGAUCAGAAAAAUGUUCUGCUGAGGUGGACUGUUAUAGAGAUCAUUAACAGAACAAUCAGCAACUCACCUAGAGAGGCAGUUCAAGAAGUAUGCGAGCUGCUACAAAGAGGUGUGAGUGCCAUCAUAUUCCCUGGUCCAUCCCAUCUCGUCACUACAGUAGCUGACAUUGCUAACAGUUAUAACAUUCCUGUCAUUGCUCCCACCGCUACUGAUCCAUUCCUUAUUCAUCCCAUUUUCAGACCUUACCUCCUUCAGAUGCCUCCUACUGAUACUCAUCAAAGCGAGGCUAUUGCUGCAAUACUUGACAGAUAUGGCUGGAUAUAUUUCUCCAUUUUAACUAGCUACGACAGCUAUGGAAUCAAUGGGAUGCUGCGACUACAGCAGAUAGCAUCUGAUAAAAAGUGGAAGAUACUAAAUACCCAACACUUUGUUGUUCCCAAGGAUACUUCUCAGUUGAACGUUGAUAUUGAGUUGGACGUUAUUAAGAAAUCAGAAGCCCGAAUAAUAGUUCUCAACUGCCAGGCUGGAGCUGCCAACAGAGUUCUUAUAGCUGCUGAGAACAAAGGUUUAGUAGGGGACGGCUACAUGUGGAUUGUUACAGACGGAGUGGUUGGUAAUCAGGAUGAUCUGACCCAAGGAAGAUCUACUUGGAAGGAGUGGAAUGGUUUACUUGGAACUCUGCCAAGUUACAAAAAUGAGAACGAGGACGAUGAGCUAGAUAAGUACAUGAUCUUUAAAAAGUCUUACGAAGCCAAAUUCAACAACACCAGAAGAAUGAAGCAGUAUGAUCUGAACAAAAAUCCGUUUGCAGCUAUGGUUUACGAUUCAGUGUUCAUCUUCGCUUGGGCUCUUCAUAACUAUUUAAUCAGGGGAAAUGAAUUAAGAGAGGUGAAGAUAGUUUGCAUUAAUAAAAAGUGUAAAGAUGAGGCAGAACUUAAAGGAAAAGGUCCGCGAGCAAUCGAAAUAUGGGAAAAUGGUGAACAAUUCUUCAGAUAUCUGACUCAGGUUGAGUAUGAUGGAGCGAGCAGGAAUUACAAGUUCAACAGUUCUGGGGAAUCUUUGAAUCUCAAAUACUCAAUCAUGAACUUCAAAGAACAGAGACAGUUCUUCGAGGUGGGAGAGUUUGAACUAGAAGAAGGGAGUAUGAAGCAGCCUCGGAUCAAAGAGAAUGGAGAGAACAUCAUCUUCAUGGGAAAGGAUCCCCGCCAACAACCUGAAUAUCAACCAAUGACGCUACAGAAUCGAACUCUAAUUCUGGGAAUCAACAAGGAGUUCCCCUUCAUCUCAGAGAUGGUAGUGAACUGUUCUUACUGGAACUGCACUAAGAUUACACCACUUGACGGUGUGCUCUUGGAAGAAGACUGUACGGAGAUGGAAUAUCAAAUUUGUGCUCAUAAAGCGUGUGAUCUCCACAACAGUGCCUGCAACAUUAGUACACCAGAACAUGGUACUCUUCAUUGUCAGGGAAUAAAGUGCGAGCAGUGCAAUAACACAGAAAACUGUUUCCUCUGUGGCGCGGGAUGGCUGGAGAAGGUUGAGGACUGCACCGGUUGUGAGGGUAACGGCUGUUUCAACGGAUACUGCAUUGACCUUGUCAGAAAGAUUUCAGAGAAACUAAAGUUCAACUACAAGUUUGUGUUACCUCGAGAUAAUCGGUGGGGAGGCGUUAACCCGAACUAUACAACCGGAUGGGACGGCUUGGUACACGAUCUCUUAACAGGGUUUAUUGACAUUUCGACUGUCCACUUCUCUAUCAAUGCGGCACGAGAGAAAUCGAUUGAUUUUAGUGUUCCCUUCAUGCAAGUUGGACUGGCUGUAGUAGUCAAAGCAGAAGUGGACUCUUCGAACGAGUUUUUUUUCUUGCAACCUUUCGAUCCUAAUGUCUGGUACUGUGUGAUCCUAUCAGCGUUCCUUAUCACCAUUAUAGUGUGUGUUUACAACAAGGUAUCCCCCUACGGGUUAUACGGAAGGAAGAUGCACGCUCUCAUGACCUGUCCUUGCUCGGUGUGUAAUAGGGCCCGGGGAGAGGCUAAAAAUGGCAGGAAGAGUUUGAUAAGGUAUAACACGUAUCAAUGCUUGGUGGAAGAGGUUGAAAACUAUGGAGAAGACAGAUUAGAGCUACUGAACAUGAGUAACAGUGCGUGGCUGGUUAUCGCCUCCCUCCUCCAGCAGGGCCCAGUGGAGGGAGCUCCGUACUGCCUGUCGGGGAGGGCCAUCCUGUCUGUGUGGUGGUUCUUUAUGAUGAUCCUUAUUGCUAUGUACACGGCUAACUUAGCUGCCUUUCUUACAGUGACGAGGAUGAGAGUUGGAAUCAAUAGUGUUGAAGAUCUUCUUUAUCAAAACAAGCUAAAAUGGGGCACUGUCAAGUCCACUAGUCCUCAAACUCUACUCAACGGAAGUAACAAAGAUGAGUACAAAGCAAUCGCAGAAAAGCUGGAUAACGUAAAUAGUGCUGAUGAAGGAUUUGAACGGGUAAAAAAGGGUGACUAUGCGUUUAUCUACGAGAGUGCUUUAUUAGAGUUCAUGGUUCAAAGAACAUGUGAUCUAGUGAUAGCAGGCGAGAAGUUUAGUAAGUUCGGGUUUGCUUUUGGAUUUCCUCCAAACUCGCCCUAUUUAGACCUGUUUAACAAUGUAAUCCUGAAGUUUCGUGAGAGUAGUGAUCUAGAUACAGCUUGGGAGGAAAUAAAACAGUCCGGGGAAUCUAAACAAUGUGAAGGGAAAAGUAACAAAGACUCAAGUCAGUCCACCUCAAAACUAGAUAUGAACAAUCUGUCCGGCUUGUUCACAGUUAUAGCCCUAGGAAUUGUCACUAGCUUUCUCUUUCUCAUAGCGGAGUAUAUUUUUGCUUGCUUCGAGGAUGUUUACGGGAAUGAAUUUCGGGAUCAGAACGAGCGACCAAAGAACAUACUACAAGCGCUGAAACGUCGUCUCAAACUAACAUGGAGAGAUGUGUCAAACCACUGGUUUAUAUUCGAGAGUUUUAGGCAGCUGAACGAGGAUAAUAUGCAUACUACCACACCUUCACUUUGUAGUGAUAUAGAGGAUAUUACAGACAUUUAUAGAAAAGAGGGUGAAGCAAAGUAAACUCGCUGGUUUAAUGAACUGUGGCUGAUUGUGGUAUCAUAAUUUCACUGCAAGUGGCAUUAAUUUGUUCUGAUUGAAAAUGUUGAAAAUGUUUACUUUAGUUUUACUAUAAUCUUGUGACCCUGCAGGAUAUAUAUUGAUUUCUUUGAAUGAAAAGAUGUUGCGCUUUAUUUCUAAUCAUUGUUCUCAAAUAAUUUCUUAACAUACCUUUAACUGAAAUUCUUCUUAACUCCACUGACCGUUGUUUCUAUAGUUAGACUUAGUGUAGGCGAUGUAACAAUUAUCAUACCUUUUUUCGAAUUUCCUUCUACAUUCUUCUACAUUCUUCUGUAUUUCUAAAUUCCGACGAUCUUUGAUCAAAAUGAAGGCUCCACAAAGCUUCCCAAAUUGAGCACAAUGACAUAGCUGCUAACUAAUACUGGAACAGUUAGCGAGCCCACGAGGACUAAUGUAUUGAGAGAUGGACCUGUACGUGUGUGUGUCAUUGUAAUAUUGUACACUUAGCUAAUUACAGAAUAUAAACCACAUCUCGGAGUCUAGGGAUUGAAGCGUCUUUGUUUUGUUAAUGUUUUGUUUUAAGUGUAAAAUUUGCAAAAUAAAUCAAAUUUCGUGUUCCUGAUUGAGUAGAUUUAGUAAAAGAUGAGAUCAGUAUUGUAGAUAAUUUGAGAGUUAACCCG